CGGAAGUCCGCUCCCUGCAGCGACGACCUCAAAGCUCACCACACGUCACCUCACCACUCCACAAGCCCAAACCCACAAUGUCACCGCCCACAAAAUCAGCCUGGCUCUUCUUCGCCAUCACGAGCGGCGCAUGCGCAGCCUUCAACGGCGUCUUCGCAAAGCUCACAACAACCGAGCUCACAUCCUCCUGGUCCGCCUCGCUAGCCUCCGCAUUCGGCCUCGACCCUCGCAGCGCCUUCUUCGAAUAUGCACUCCGCGCCGUCUUCUUCGGAAUGAACCUGCUCUUCAACGCCGUCAUGUGGGGUCUGUUUACGCGCGCGCUUACGCUCGCGAGCUCGACUGUGCGCGUCAGUGUUAUCAAUACGAGUGCAAAUUUCAUGAUCACGGCGGUCAUGAGCGCGCUCAUCUUUUCCGAGAGCUUGCCGGGGCUGUGGUGGCUGGGGGCGGCUAUGUUGGUCGCGGGCAGUGUGAUUGUGGGGAUGCGGGAGGAGGGGGUCAAGGACAAGGUCGCUGGGACGGGAGAUAGUGAUGGGGAUGGACCGCUGCUGAAUGCGCAGGGCGAGGCGAAUGAGUUUAGAGACGAGGAUGAUGUGGGGAGUAGGCAUGAGCUUGAUAGCGUGAGGCGGAGGAGCAGUAGCAGUGAGAGGAGUGAUGACGAUGGGACGUUGAGAUAGGUGCUCAGAUGGGAACAUAAUUGCUUCGUCACCCUGUCCGUGCAUUCGUAUAAUCUUCUAUGUCGUGCUCUGGACAUCCCUAGUGCAAUCGUCUCAAGCCCUCAACCAGCCCCCUCACCUCUUCAACAUCUCGCCCUAGCCCUUCGCACGCCUUUAUUUGCUGUUCUUCAUUCAGGUCUAAGAACUUCUC